GGGUCCGAGAGCGAGCGCCGGGGAGUCGCUGAGGGCUUCCUCUGGGCUGCCUGCAGGCUGCGUGCUCGCCACGAGUCCUGCCCCGCCGUGCUUCGUGAGGGCAGUUACCAGCAACCCUUCUCCGUGGCUUUCGUCCUAAAGUCUUCUUAGGUUCUUCACUGUUAUCUGUCAAAGCUGUGUGAGCCGGUCUCUGGUUGCUGAGGAUGCUGAUAUUGUCAGAAAAGCCAACGACUUUCACAAUCACUGUGACGUCUGAAGCAGGUGAAAAUGACGAAACUGUCCAAACAACCCUUAAAUUUACCUAUAGAGAAAAAUAUCCUGAUGAAACUCCACUGUAUGAAAUUGUCUCCCAGGAGAACCUUGAAGAUAAUGAUGUCACAGACAUAAUAAAACUGUUAGAACAACAGGCAGAAGAAAAUUUAGGAAUGGUAAUGAUCUUCACUCUAGUCUCUGCAGUACAGGAGAAACUAAAUGAAAUAGUGGAUCAAAUAAAAACACGAAGAGAAGAGGAGAAGAAACAGAAAGAAAGAGAAGCAGAAGAAGAAGAGAAACAACGUUUUCAUGGCACUCCUGUUACAAUUGAGAAUUUCCUAAACUGGAAAGCGAAGUUUGAUGCAGAACUCCUAGAAAUAAAAAGGAAAAAAAUGAAAGAAGAGGAACAAGCAGGCAAAAAUAAAUUAAGCGGGAAACAGCUGUUUGAAAUGGAUCACAACCUUGACACAUCUGACAUCCAGUUCUUGGAGGAAGCUGGAAACAGUGUGGAGGUUGAUGAAUCUUUAUUCCAAGAAAUGGAUGAUUUAGAGUUGGAGGAUGAAGAGGAUGACCCUGACUACAACCCUGUUAAUUUAGAUAGCGAUUAGACUUUUUUUUGAACUGGCUCUGUCAUCAGUAUGGACUUACAUAAGGAGAGAGAGGCAGGCAGAAAAGCCACAGCAUCUGUGGUUGUAGUAGUGUGUAUUGGUUUUCUUUUUUCAAAGAAAAAAUAUUUUAAACCCAGGAGAACCAUCUUCUGAUGACUUUCAUUAUAAAUAAAUUGACUUCAAUAUUUCAAA